UACAUGCAAUUUCGGGAACAACGCGACAACAGCGCUACGAGACCAACUUGUUUGUGGCUUAAGAGAUCACGCGACGAAAACAUUGUUAUUUCGAGAGGAGAACUUAACGUUCGAUAAGGCAUUCAAGUUAGCGACAACAGUAGAAUCGGCAGAAAAAAAUGCUAGCUCUACAAGUAGACCAAACGGAGAGUCGUCGAAAGAAACAGUAAAUAAAUUUCAAGGAAAUUCAGAGAAUAAUCGUCAGUUCCAGUCACGGGGCAAGGGGUCAAACCGAGGUAAGCAAGGGAGCCCACAGCAUAACAAUAAUACACGACCAGGGGUCAAAGAUAAGCGGACGACAAACAUAAACCAAGAACGUUCUUCUUCAUGUUACUGCUGCGGAAAAAAUAAUCACUGGGCACGUGAUUGUUACCAUCGCUUCAACACGUGUAAUAUCUGCAAGCAGAAAGGACACUUGGCUUCAGUAUGCAAAACCGGAAGAGCAGUCCAGCAUAUACAGCAGGGUACAGAUGACCACGAGGAACAGCAACGGGACGAGUACGACUUCUUCAUGGCAACAGACGGCAACGACUCAUCAAAAACAACAAGCGAUUGAUCUGCAGCACGCUUAUAUGCAGAUCCCGGUAGAGGAAAGCAGUCGAGAUUUCCUGACAAUAAUAACGCACAAAGGUCUCUACCGGUACACAAAAAUGACGGAAGGAAUUGCAUCAGGUCCAGGAGAUUUUCAGCGGAAAAUAGAGCAGUGUCUAUCAGGCAUCGAUGGUGUAAUUCCUUAUCUAGACAAUAUUUUUGUAACGGGAGAAACCGACGAAAUUCAUUUAAAAACAUUGUAUAUGGUAUUCCAAAGAUUAGAACAAAGUGGAUUUCAUGUAAAUAUCAAUAAAUGUGAUUUUUUCAAAGAGAAGCUAGACUUGUUAGGAUUUGUUAUUAACAAGGAGGGAUUACACAAAUCAGAAACAAAAGUGAAAGCAAUGACAAAUGCACCGGUACCGCGAAAUAAGAAACAAUUAGAAUCUUUUAUCGGAUUGAUUACUUAUUAUGCGAGAUUUCUACCUAAUAGAGCAGAAAAGUUACAACCUUUAUAUAAAUGUGCUAAAGCGGAAACGUUUAAAUGGACGGUAGAAUGUCAAAAAGCAGUUGAUUGGGUCAAAAUGGAAUUAAUAUCACCUCGAGUAUUGGCACACUACGAUCCGAAAGAAGAUUUAGUAUUGUCAUGUGAUGCGUCCACGUAUGGAUUAGGAGCAAUUUUAGCGCACCGAUAUAAAGAUGGUACGGAGAAACCAAUAGCUUAUGCAUCUAAAGUAAUACCGGAAAAAGAAUUAAAUCGCGCAAUCAUUGAUAAGGAAGCCAGUGCAAUCGUAUUUGGAUUUAAAAAGUUCUACAACUAUAUUUACGGAACAACUACACUAACGUUACGGACAGAUCACAAACCUUUGGUUUUUAUCUUUGGUCCAAAGCAAGAAAUUCCUUUGACGGUAGCAAGUAGAUUACAAAGAUGGGCGUAUUUUCUAUCGAGAUUUACAUACACCAUAGAGUACGUUACAUCGCAGGAAAAUAGAAACUGUGAUGCACUGUCGAGACUUCCGAUUAACGAUAGCAUUCAGAUAUUUGAUAAUGAAUUUACAAUGAUAAAUUAUGUUUCAGAAGCUUUAGAUACAUUAAACGCGAAAAAAAUUGCAAAAGAAACAAAGAAGGAUAAGCUAUUGAGUAACGUUAUUAAGUAUAUAAGCGGUACAUGGCCAGCGGUAAGCGAGAUGAAUGAGGAUGAGAAUAAAUUCUAUGCGAAACGGGAUGAAUUGAAUGUCGAAAAAGAGUGCUUACUGUGGGGAUAUCGCAUAGUGGUACCAGAAGCAGUAAAACCCAGUGUUCUAAGUGAAUUGCACGCGUCACAUUUUGGGGUGGUAAAAAUGAAAAUGUUGGCAAGAAACUAUGUGUGGUGGCCAAACAUUGAUAAAGACAUUGAGAAUGUAGCAACGGCAUGUAAAGUGUGCGUGCAAGAGAGAAAGAAACCGCCUAAUGUUCCGCUAACGCCAUGGCCGUAUCCCGAUAAGUGCUGGAGUAGGAUACAUACUGAUUUCCUAGGUCCUGUUCAUGGACAUAUGUUCAUGGUAGUAAUGGAUGCGUAUUCGAAAUGGCCAGAAGUUAUCGAUAUGAACAAAUGCACCACGGCAGAGAGGGUCAUUGAGGAGUUUAAGAAAAUUAUAGUUAGGUACGGAUUACCGAAGCAUGUAGUAACUGAUAACGGCACACAAUUCACGAGUAACGAAUUUCGAGAAUUUUGUAAAGCGAACGGUAUCAAGCAGAGUUUCACAGCACCGCAUCAUCCAGCAACAAAUGGUGCAGCUGAAAACUUUGUCGGUACUUUCAAAGAUAAAGUCAAUAAAAUAAUGCAAGGCGGGAAAUCAUUAGAAUAUGCAGUUAAUCUAUUUUUGUUUGACUAUAGAUCCAUUGAGCAUUGCACUACAGGCAGAUCACCGGCGUUCAUGAUGUUUAAACGAGAAAUAAGAACGCGCUUUGAGUUAAUGAAACCGAGUGUAAUCGAUGAUGUAGAGAAACAACAGAGAGCGCAAAUCAUAAGUAGACGCGGUAAUCGAAAUGUUGAGUUCCAAACAGGUGACAUGGUAAUGGUUGAGGAUUUUGGUGUCAGAAGUAAAAAACGGGUCGUAGGCACGAUCGAAGAAAAAGUAUCACCGGUAACGUUUAGGGUGAAGGUUGCACCUGAUAAGCUAUGGAAACGACAUGUCGAUCAAAUCAUUAGAUACACACCGACGGUGGUCGAUAACGAUAAAGGUACAGCGGUACCAGCAAGCGAAUCUCGAGUGAAGCUACGCCGCUCGGAAAGAACAAGUAAAGGGGGCGAGUUGUAAUGUAUUAGGAUACGGUACUGGGAGCGAGCAGCGGCGCGACGGCACGAGUGGAAAUGACUGAUCCGCACUCGAUAUAGAAGUAAGUCAGUCGAGCGUGGCGAGCGUCACGGACGCACGCGGGUACAUACAUAUAUCUGUAUAACUUUUACUCAGCAUUAAAAUAUCUUACGGUGAUUGCGAAGCGGAAUUGGUCAUCAAUUGUUAAUGAGCCACCUCACCCGAUACACUACAAGCAUCAUGACAAAUAAGUAUAUUACGCUUGAAAUAAAAUUGUGUACAACAAGAUAUGCACAAUGCAUAUAAAUUCGAUAUCGUUUCGCGACGAGUUUUAUUUGAUAUGAUUAAAGUUGUUCGAUUAUCUAAACGAGAUAAAGAGAUACAAAGUAAACGUGACUUCAAAUUCUGUAUCAAUCAUUACAUAAUUUUCGAUAGUUAAAUAAUGAUAGACAUCGGAUAGUAGAUGUAGAUUCCACAGAAAUAAUUAGUUGACUUGCAUCAUACUAUGAUCGUGAAUUGUGUUAUCUAUUUGGUAUUACCGAGAGAUAUAUUAUUAAUAAAUUGUGAAGAGACUUUAUCCUUCAGAACAGAGAGUCACGACUUUGGCGCCAGUGUGAAGUAUGUACAUUUCAAUGUCAAUGGAAUUCCAGUGACGUGCCGAAACAAUAUAUCAAUUAGUGCUCUAUUAGUCUUUUUAAUUUAUACUAAUAUUACAAAUAAAAUUCUUACCAUUUGA